AUGGAAAGCCCAUUGCAGUUGCAGAACGAUUUCUAUCCGGAGCAGCAGCAGCUCCAACACUGUAAGCACCAGCACUACUGCGGACGCCAAGAACGCUCCAUCAGUCAGCAGGACCGGGGUUGCACCUGCAAUAACUCUACCUGCGAUGCACGGAAAAGCCUCAUUUCUCACGGGACGUCGCCUACCCCUCACGGAACUUUAAGGACACCGUCCGUAUCGUCUUUGAGACAAGGCUGUCAGUUAAGCGCUUGCGAGUUCACGCCCUCUAGUCAUGGUAGUUCAUCCAGACAUCAUCAUCACCACCAUCAGCAGUGCCACAGUCGGCAGCGGGGCAGCCCGGCCAGCAGCCGCAGAGAGAGUAACUCUUAUAAGCAAAUAGCCAUGAGCAGCUGCAGAUACAACGGCGGCGUAAUGCGGCCGUUGAGCAACUUGAGCUCGUCCCGCAGAAACGUACACGAGUUUGAUUCGGAGUCCCAGCCGCUGCAGCCCAUCUCCACUGCGGAUGCGUCGGACACUCUAGCCUCUAAACCGGAGAACAACUCGACCACUCUUAUGCCUUACGCAUCGGGGGAUGGAGGGGGUGGAUGUAGCCACAGUGGCAGCAAAUCGGGCAAAAAGAAGAACCAGAACAUUGGUCAAAAGCUUGGACACAGAAGGGCCUUAUUUGAGAAGAGAAAACGGCUGAGCGACUAUGCGCUGAUCUUUGGGAUGUUUGGGAUCGUUGUUAUGGUCAUAGAGACGGAACUGUCAUGGGGUGCAUAUGGAAAGGAGUCCUUGUAUUCAUUAGCUCUAAAAUGCCUGAUCAGCCUUUCAACCAUCAUUCUUCUUGGUUUGAUUAUCAUAUAUCACGCCAGGGAAAUCCAGUUGUUCAUGGUGGACAACGCCGCUGAUGACUGGCGGAUAGCCAUGACGUACGAGCGCAUCUUCUUCAUCUGCCUGGAGAUCCUGGUGUGCGCCAUCCACCCCAUCCCCGGCAACUACACCUUCACCUGGACGGCGCGCCUGGCCUUCUCCUACGCGCCGUCCAAGGCCAACGCCGACGUGGACAUCAUCCUGUCCAUCCCCAUGUUCCUGCGGCUGUACCUGAUCGCGCGGGUCAUGCUGCUGCACAGCAAGCUGUUCACGGACGCGUCGUCGCGCAGCAUCGGCGCGCUCAACAAGAUCAACUUCAACACGCGCUUCGUCAUGAAGACGCUCAUGACCAUCUGCCCCGGCACCGUGCUGCUCGUCUUCACCAUCUCGCUGUGGAUCAUCGCUGCGUGGACAGUGCGCGCCUGCGAAAGAUACCAUGACAGCUUGGACGUAACCAGCAACUUCUUAGGAGCCAUGUGGUUGAUCUCAAUCACGUUUCUAACCAUCGGUUAUGGGGAUAUGGUUCCCAACACGUACUGUGGAAAGGGAGUCUGCCUCUUGACUGGGAUUAUGGGGGCGGGAUGCACUGCUCUGGUGGUGGCAGUGGUUGCAAAAAAACUGGAACUUACCAAAGCUGAAAAACAUGUACAUAACUUUAUGAUGGACACCCAGCUGACAAAAAGAGUGAAGAACACGGCUGCGAAUGUACUCAGGGAGACGUGGCUCAUCUACAAGAACACCAAGCUGGUGAGGAAGAUGGAUCACGCCAGAGUCAGAAAGCAUCAGAGGAAAUUUCUCCAAGCCAUUCAUCAAGCUCGAAAAUUGAGAAGUGUUAAAAUGGAGCAACGCAAGCUGAAUGACCAGGCUAACUCUCUAGUGGACCUUGCGAAGACCCAGAACAUCAUGUACGAGCUGAUCUCGGACCUGAACGAGCGCGGCGAGGACAUGGAGAAGCGCAUCGCCCUGCUGGAGACCAAGCUGGAGACGCUGCUGGGCAACCUGCAGGCGCUGCCGGGCCUCAUCAGCCAGCUCAUCAGCCAGCAGCACCGGGACUUCCUGGAGGUGCAGCUGCAGCCGUACGACAAACACAGCCCUGAGCGCUCGCAGUCCGUCUCGCGGCGGCGCUCCUCCUCCACGGCGCCCCCCACCUCCUCGGAGAGCAGCUAGGCGGAGGCUUUUGGGGCCAGGAGAAAGGAGGAUGGUGGAGGGAGGGAACAAUAACAGGAGCAGACAGAUCAACUACUGUCACAGAAGAGAAGAAGAAAAAAAAUACACCUCCAACUGUCCUCUUGUUUCUUCUGCUCCCCUCCCUUGAACCUACAGGCGAAGACUUUUGCCAUUACAUGGCCAGGUUACAUUUACUGUAAAGCCUUAGGGUUUGAAACAGAAGCAUUACGCCUGAAAUUCUGAUGACAGAAUCCAAGGUAUCUUGUGGAGGGGAGAGGCAAUAUUUUCUUCUUUUUUCUUUUUUUUUUCUUUUGCUUUUUUAAACAGAUUACUCAACAUACUGUUGAUCGAUUCGUUUUAUUACCUCAGAAAUGUGUUAUACUUUUUUUCCCUUCUGAUGACAUAAUCAUAGAGAAUGCCUUUCCUCAGUAAAAACUAUUAAAAGGUGCCUGGGUGUGUAGAGGUCAGAG